ACUUAUUGAAGAGUGCCAGCUUUCGUACAUUGCAUUGCACAAUUCCGUUCCGAACGUUGCAAAUCGUAAGCCAUACCUUGUGAAUACACCCAAGUGUUUGAAACCAGGUUUUUCUUUUCCAAUAGAUUUUUCCUUGUCCAACGAUGACCAAUUCAUUGUGCUUCAUCAUAUUGUUAUUCAUCAUUGCCAUUCACGAUGUCAAAAGUUUAAACAGAGGUAGAGCGGCAAAUAUUGGUCAAUUUCCGUACGUUGUGUCUAUAUGGAAUGAGAAUCAUCACCACUGCAGUGGUCUCAUCUACGAUACAACUCAUGUUAUCACACCAGGCCACUGUGUGAAUGGAACUUCAAUUGAUAAGCUUAAUGUACUUGUUGGAGUUGUUAAUUUUGAAUAUGAUGAAAAAACAUGGCAUGCUGUUCAAUCAUAUGUCAUUCAUCCGUCAUACCGAAGUAUAGAUUUUCCGCACUACGAGGAUGGAGUCAUCGUUGAUGAUAUUGCUGUCAUAAUUGUGGAUAAGCCUUUCAUCUUCAAUAAUCGUGUUGUUCCAGCGCCGAUCAGUUCAAACAUAUCAGAGCUAGCCCGUGAAUUUCAUCCUGAUAGCGAUACUGAUAGUCAGAUUGAUAUGCGUAGUGAUAGUGAUGAUAGCGGUACAAGUUUUUCGCGUUCCUACUGGCCUCAGGAUUAUACAAUGGUCGGAUGGGAUUCCCGCCUGGAAAAUGGUAUACAAGUACUUAAUUUACAGUACGAAAAUGUCGCCGUUUAUCGACCAUAUGAGUGUCUGGAUAAGUACGAUUAUCUGUCUGCAUUUGAACUAUGUGCUGGCGACUUAAGCGAAAAGGCCUUUUCAUCCCCGGGAGACAGUGGUACACCGAUUGUCUUUGAUGACAAAGUCAUCGCCAUGGUAACAGGUGGUCCUCAUGUACCGGAUGGCACCUUUGUGACGAUCAUUCUCAAAAUAUCCCCGUAUUUUUCUUUCAUUCAGGGGGUUGCGAGUACAAAUCAGUAAUCGCAUUUUCGUAUCUAUCCUCACUGGACUAUGAAAUGGAAGAGAGAUGGAAUAAAUUUAGCUAAAGUCAAUUAA